AUGAAAGAUAAGAAUUUAAGUGAUGGAGCCCACGAAGCAAUGCUUGAGGAGAGUCGGAAGCCGAAAGUUAAAAGCAAACAAGCCCAAAGCCAAGAAGAAUAUGAAGCACUCCAGAGUUUUCUCCGUAGCAUCAGUUCCACCGCAACACUCCCACCUUAUGUCAAAGGCGAGACAUACUCCUCUAUGCGUGGGGUGUUUAACCAGUGUCUCAUCACAUGCGCGGUGCUAGUCCUAGCAGCUGGCGCAGGUCACCCCAUCGGUUUCUCCGCCGUGGCACUGCCGCAGCUUCAGACCGAGAAUUCAAGCAUGAGGAUAGAUGAAGAUAUGGGCUCAUGGAUUGCCAGUAUACAUUCGGCAGCUACUCCACUUGGAUCAAUGUUAUCAGGCCCUAUCAUGGAAGCCAUAGGACGACGGCGGACCUUACAAGCGUCCACUUUUCCUUUGGUACUAGGCUGGAUACUCAUAGGCACCGCGGUACAUCACGCGUGGUUACUGCUCGGUAGAAUUGUAUGCGGGUUCGCUGUCGGCAUUAUGGCAGCUCCCUCUCAGGUUUACUUAGGAGAAAUUUCAGAACCUCGUCUAAGAGGUCUUUUAAUAGGAACGCCAUUCGCAGCCUAUUCCCUAGGGGUGCUCUAUGUGUAUGCUCUGGGAGGCGCACUUCCCUGGCGCUCGGUAUCGUUUCUGUGCAUAGUCCUGCCGUCACUGGCAUUCGCCGUGCUCUGUUUGUCUCCCGAGAGUCCUACUUGGUUGGCCAGGAGGGGACGUUUCCACGAAGCCAUGGCCGCCAUGGCAAGACUGCGUGGAAAUCCUGAAAUUGCACAAAGGGAACUUCAUGAACUGAUAUCAGCGCGGGAAAAAGAGAAGGCACGAGGGGAGGAAACCAUACGCUUCUUCGCAACAGUGUCGAGAGCGCCAGUUCUAAAACCCUUGUUAUUGAUCAACGCUUUCAACAUGCUUCAAAUACUUUCUGGCAGCUACAUUGUUAUAUUCUACGCCGUUGACAUCGUUAAAGAAUCCGGUGGAUCGCUCAAUCCUCAUAUUGUUGCAAACGCAAGCGCCUGCACUAGACUCGGGGUGACAAUGCUCGCUUGCAUCCUUCUACUAAAGUUAACGCGGCGUUCCCUUGUAAUGAUAUCUGGCAUGGGUUCGGCUAUUUGUACCCUCGCCCUUUCCUUAGUACUUUACCAAGACGCCGGUACCGGUAUCAUCACACCAAUUCUCAUACUAGGAUAUGUCGCAUUCAACACGCUGGCGUUCUUCUUACUGCCAGGCUUAAUGAUCGGCGAACUUCUACCAACGAAAGUGAGAGGCCUUUGUGGGGGCUACAUAUUCUGCGUUUUCAAUGCAGUUCUAUUCGGCUUUACUAAGCUGUAUCCAGUCAUGAAGAACUCCAUAGGCAUGUCGGGCGUCUUUUGCUUAUUCGGGUCGGCUGCUUCCCUUGCCACUGUCGUCUUAUUCCUUCUGUUGCCAGAAACUAAAGGAAAGUCGUUACUACAAAUAGAGCAGUAUUACCAAAAGCCCAACAUUUUGUGGGUGACGCGCAAUAAGACUGCUGAUGGACAGCAAGUGUAA